AUGUUGAUAAACGAUUCCGAGGCUCUUGGUUAUAUCGUUUGGUGGGGAUUAACACCAGCAAUUAAUAUCUUUGAAGGAUUUAAUGAAGAUCGUGAAAAUGGGAUAAUUUUUCUUGAAGAAAAGACCGAACUAUUUCUUGAACUCUAUGGCAAUUCCCUUAUUCGUGAAUCAUCUGAGAUAUGGUUGGAUGAAACUGCUUCAAAAUUUAUUCGGUAUAUUCCUAAAUUUUCUUUAAGUAUUGAGAAUUCAGGACUAUCACAGAUACAGGAGAAUUCGAGAGUUCGCCAACACCUUGGCGUGCGCUAUGAUGCUAUUCCUAAUGUUUUUGACUGGGAUUGCUCCAUUACUCUUAGAGAUCGAGGAAUUAAUACAUUUGAAAGCAAGGAAUAUGGUCGCUGGCGAAGCAGUGGCGUUGCUUUCUCACCUCGUGAGGCGAGUUACCUUUCACCAAACCGGAGUCUCGCGUCACCUCGAUACUUCUCAUAUCGUCAUGCUAGGAAUGAUCUUGCAGGUUCCACUCUGAUUGGUUACUGGGGAGAUAUCGUAUGUUCACCCUAUUUAGCAUUUGGCACUUUCACUGACCGAUCACCAGAACAUUCAAAAACGCUUCCAGGUGGAAGGAUAGUCUAUGGCGCGGCAGUUUUAUCCGAAAUAAACUUGCGUUGUCUUUUGUGGGAAAUGCAAAAUGGGAAAAAAGCGCCAGCAUCCAUAGCAUCUGUUGAAUUUUGUGCCGAUGCAAAUGAAAGCAAGUCUUUUUUUAAUGACUUUCAAUUCCACUACAUGCCAAAGCGAUACCUUAUGACUCCCAGAUUAAAGAACUGGCAAAAUUCGGCUUUCCCCUACUCAACUAUUUAUUUGGCGAUUUAUAUAAUUUUAGCAGAAAUAGCUGAGGCCGAAGUCAAUUUAUGCGAAAAAUUUUUCAUGGAUUUCUACUCGCCAGGAACAACAUUCGUAGAUUUGACCACCCGAUUACGUUCGAAAUUUAUUGACGACACGAAUAAAGCGUCUAUUAUCUACGUCGGAAUUUCCUCUCUAGUUGAUCUUGAAAAGGCGUCUGGAGAGUUACUUGACAUAUGCACCGAUGAUUGCAAGCUUAUAAUUGAAUCUGUUUUGUACAUAAUUGGCUUGAAGGAGGAAAAUAUUCGUGGUUACGUUAAGAGAGCUCAAGAUAUAGCUUCGUCAAUUGGAUUUAAGCUCGAGAAACCAGUGGAUGCAAUGAAAGAUCACCACUUAUAUUUUGUCCGAAAUAAAAAGCCUGUAAUUUCGACGUGA